UUUUCUUUUUCCGCUCUUUCGCCCUCUCGCGCUCUCUCUCUCUCUUUAUUUUUUUUUUUUAAUUACUAUUUUUAAUUUUUAAAUUAUUUUUAACCGGGCAGCAGCAAGAGUGGGCUGGGGAGAGCUGCAUCAGAUCAGGCUGAGAAAAGGGUGGGGGUGGGGGCUUUAUCUUGGUCUCAGGAUCCUUUCUAGUGCGUCUGACAACCUGGAAGUGUUUGGAGAGAGCAGGAGAGAGAGAGAGAGAGAGAAGCAGUCUUGCAUUGGAUAGAUUUUUUUUCUUCCAGGCUGGGUUUUCACAUGCUGAUCCGCAAAUAUAAAUAAAUAAAAGGAAAUAUGCACACGAGAAGCCUGAUCCCAUUGUAAUUUCCAUUGCAAACGGGGGAAAUAGAGCCACACAUUAUAUAUGUGGAGAUGCAUUGAUUGCAUGGAACUCAACGAGCAAGUGGGGGAUUCGGCGAAGGAAGCUCGUAACAUGGCGGAUAGCGAGGAAGGCUUCGGGCUGCCCAGCACGCCGGCGGAUCCGGAGGCCAAGGAGCUGCAGGCCGAGGGCAAGCAGGACACGCAGCUGGGGGCCACCAGCAAGUCGCCCACCUCUCCCCAAGCAGCCUUCACACAGCAGGGCAUGGAGGGCAUCAAGGUGUUUUUGCACGAACGCGAGCUGUGGCUGAAGUUCCACGAAGUGGGCACGGAGAUGAUCAUAACAAAGGCCGGGAGGCGAAUGUUCCCCAGUUACAAAGUGAAGGUCACUGGACUCAACCCAAAGACCAAGUACAUCCUGUUGAUGGAUAUUGUACCGGCCGAUGACCACAGAUACAAAUUCGCGGAUAAUAAAUGGUCGGUGACAGGCAAGGCAGAGCCGGCCAUGCCCGGCAGGCUGUACGUGCACCCCGACUCCCCCGCCACCGGAGCGCACUGGAUGAGGCAGCUGGUUUCCUUCCAGAAGCUCAAACUCACCAACAACCACCUGGAUCCCUUCGGACAUAUCAUCCUGAACUCCAUGCACAAAUACCAGCCCCGGCUUCACAUCGUGAAAGCGGACGAGAACAACGGCUUCGGCUCCAAGAACACCGCCUUCUGCACCCACGUCUUCCCGGAGACCGCCUUCAUCGCCGUCACCUCCUACCAAAACCACAAGAUCACCCAGCUGAAGAUUGAGAACAACCCCUUUGCCAAAGGCUUCCGUGGCAGCGAUGACAUGGAGCUCCACAGGAUGUCCAGGAUGCAGAGUAAAGAGUACCCGGUUGUUCCCAGGAGCACAGUGAGACAAAAAGUGUCCUCGAAUCACAGCCCCUUCAGUGGUGAGACCAGGGUCCUUUCUGCCUCCUCCAACCUGGGCUCCCAGUACCAGUGUGAGAACGGGGUGUCCAGCACCUCCCAGGACCUGCUGCCUCCUGCCAACCCCUACCCCAUCUCCCAGGAGCACGGCCAGAUCUACCACUGCACCAAGAGAAAAGAUGAGGAAUGUUCCACCACCGAGCAUCCCUACAAGAAGCCCUACAUGGAAACCUCUCCAGCAGACGAGGACCCUUUCUACAGGUCCAGUUACCCUCAGCAGCAGGGACUGAACACGUCGUACAGGACUGAGUCGGCGCAGCGCCAGGCCUGCAUGUACGCCAGCUCGGCGCCGCCCACGGAGCCCGUGCCCAGCCUGGAGGACAUCAGCUGUAACACGUGGCCCAGCGUGCCCUCCUACAGCAGUUGCACAGUGUCUGCCAUGCAGCCCAUGGACAGGUUACCCUACCAGCAUUUCUCUGCCCACUUCACCUCGGGGCCGCUCAUGCCCCGCCUGGGCAGCGUGGCCAACCACACGUCGCCCCAAAUCGCAGACACCCACAGCAUGUUCCAGCACCAAAGCUCUCACCAGCCCAUCGUGAGGCAGUGUGGACCUCAAACGGGCAUCCAGUCCCCUCCCAGCAGCCUCCAGCCGGCGGAAUUCCUGUAUUCCCACGGCGUGCCUCGAACCCUGUCGCCCCACCAGUACCACUCGGUGCACGGCGUGGGGAUGGUGCCAGAGUGGAGUGAGAACAGCUAACCAGGGGGGCAGGGAAUGCCAGAGCCACGGGAAAAUCCCAGCAAACGGGAGAAGGAGAAGGAAAAGAAUCCCCCUGUUGAUAACAAAGCGUUUUGCAAGACUCCUUGAAGUGAAUGUUCACCGCUAGCACUCGAGAGGGACGGACACUGACCGAAACCAGGCUGCAAGCAUCGGCCUCGCUGGGACUUGCCCUGACCCCUCUUUGUUUUCUUUUGUUCCAAAAGAAAAGCCAACAGCCCAGCACACUUCUGUCCCUCCACGGUCCCACCCAGUUUGUGUUGCUGCCACCACCCUUGUCCCCCCCCGCCCUCCUGCUCUUUUUGUUCUCCAAGGGACACCAAACUCCUGCUGCCUUUCUCACCACGGUCAGAAUGCUUGAACAAGAACAAUUAGGAUGUUACUUUUUUUUUUUUUUUUUUUUUUUGUGGUGUUGAUGUUGACAAUGUUAUAUAAUAAAUAAUAAUAUAUAUUUUUUCUUUCCAUUUUCUAAGAAAAAAAAAAAAAAAGAAAAAGACACCGUCCCUUUUUGCCAAGGGUGGAUUUUGGAGUGGUGUGUUUCUUUUUUUUUUUUUUUUUUUUUUUUUUAGUUAGUGUUAUCUUUACUUUUCAACAGAAAGAGGUACUGAGAACCCCCAAAUAAAUAAAUCCAGUACCUACCUCACCCAGGCAUUGUACCAAGAGUGAAAUUACUCCCACAGGGAGCUGUUUCCUUACAAAUUCCCCAAAAUUGUCUCCAGGAAUCAUUCCAUAAACCAUCCCCUCAUCUCCUUUCCCACUUGUAAUUCUCUCACUUCUCUCCCUUCCUAUCUCCUGGUCUUUCCUGGUCCCUCAGCCAUCUCUGACAGAAGCAUGGGGUUAUUUCCAAGCUUGCAAACAUCCCCAGCUUGAGUCCUGCUGGAUUUUUGGCAGCAUGUGGAAAGCCAGGCUCUGAGCCAGCUGCCACAGGGGGAGAGGGGGGAGAGGAUUCAGACACUGAGAGGAAAAAGUUUGCUCACCAAAAUGAUGAUGACGCUUGUUUGCAAUCCCAGUUUUCAUUUUCUCCUGUGUUCCUUUGCUUCCUCUCCAAAAGAAAAAGGAAAAAAAAAAAAAAAAGGGAUAUCAGUCUGGGUGUGUGAAGUGAGAUAUUAAAUAAAUGUGUUUAAAAGGGGCAGAAAGUGAUCAUGAGAGGCUGGGAGUGGUGGAGGCAAAAAGAGAAGGAAAAGCAAAAUUGUGCAAGGAAAAAUGUCUACUGCAGAAUAUUUCAGGUGUAAAAUUUCCUGGUCCUAUUUAUUUAUACGUGGGAGUUCCAAUAACUCCAAGGAUGUCACAAAAGCAGCUGAUUCCAAGAGGUUCAAAUUUUUAUUGAAAUGGAAGUUUGCUUUCUUUUCUUCUUUUUUUUUUUUCCUCUCCAAGCUGUGCACACUCUAUAUAAUUUACAUAUAUUUUUAAUUAAAAGUAAUUCUAAUUA